AUGUCAACCAAUACCGAGGGAAGCGUCCAUGGUGAAUCCACUGCUCGCAACCAACAUAAAGGGUAUCAAACUGAUACUCUCAAUCCAUACUUCAUGCACCCAAACGAGAAUCCUGCGUUAAUUCUCGUCACUCCCCUUCUCUCAAGCAGCAACUAUUAUUCUUGGUCUCGCUCGAUGACUAUGGAUCUCCGGUCCAAGAACAAACUGCACUUCAUCCAUGGCGUCUUGCCUCGCCCUGCAGAUCUCGACUUCAAUUCAAUUGCUUGGGAUAGGUGCAACACCAUGAUCAUGUCAUGGAUCAAGAAUUAUGCUGAACAAGAAAUAGCUCAAAGCAUUCUAUGGAUGGAUAAUGCAGCUGACAUGUGGAAUGAGUUGAAGGAACGAUUUUACCAAGGUGAUGUAUUUCGCAUUUCUGAUUUACAAGAAGAAAUUUGUACCCUUAAGCAAGGUGAUUCUUCCAUUUCUUCUUACUACACUAAACUGAAAAUUUUAUGGCAAGAAUUAGAUAAUUUUCGCCCUAUUCCUACUUGUGAAUGUGAUCCCUCUUGUUGUGCUCUCCUUAAGAUUCACACAUAUAGAGAUAGUGAUCAAGAUAUUCGUUUCUUAAAGGGAUUGACUGAUCAAUAUGCUGCUAUUAGAUCUCAGAUUUUGCUAAUGGAUCCUUUACCAAACAUAUGCAAAGUCUAUUCUUUACUUGUUCAGCAAGAAAGGCAAGUUCAUAUUCCUCUUGAUGAAUCAAAAAUAUUGGCUGCUCCCAAUAACAGUCGUGAUUCUCAGACAUGA